AUGGCGGCCGCGGAGUGCGGGCAAGGGAGCCGGGGGGUGCGGCGGCGCGGGGCAGGACGCGCCCAGUGCGGCGAUGCGCGCUGGGAGGGCGAGGCGCAGGUCGCGGGCGGGCAAGGGCCGGCCGGCAACGGGGUGGCUCUGGCGGAGGACGGCGCUGGUGCAGGCGGGACGCUUGCUGCAGGCAAGCGGCGAUGGCGUCGCGACCUGGAGCGGGCGGCGCGUAGCGAGGCGGUCGGGAGCAGGCAUAGCGAGGAGCAGGGGCUCGCGGCUAUGCGGGCGUGGGCGACAGCAGCAGUUGCGGCCAGCGGGAGCGGGUGUGCGCGAGGGGGUGGUCGGGUGAGCGCACACGGGAGGAAGCGGAGCAGGCGAGCGUGCGCGCACCGGUGGCCAAAGUUGCGGCCAGAUGUGGGCGAGCACGCGCGGGAGCCAAGCUCCGAUCAUGGUGGGGUGGCUAAACGGCGAUGCAGGCGACGGGGGGAAGGAAGGGAGCUCACGGUGGCCGUAGGGAAUGGGCAGUGGGGCGCGGGGAGGAGGUCGAGGAUGACGUGA